AUGACUAGUUCCUACAACGAUAUACUCAACUCCCUUGAGGAUGAAAAUUACUAUGCAAUAGAUAUAAAUGACCUCUCUCCUUCCCUCCAAUCCUGGUCAAACUUUACUGAUGUCGAGGAAAUAGAUCUAGACAGUCUUAAAAUUUCUUUCAAUUCCGACUCAUGGGUAGACCCUUUAGAGUCCGCAAUAACAGCUACUCGCAAUGGCUCCAAAUCAGUCCUCAGCACCCUCUCACAAUUCGCUACUAUUCUCUCUCAAACUGGUAUCCCCGGGCCGCAUCUUCUUCAAGCGACAAACCUCUCUAAAACAGCCACGAAGAUUGGCAACGGCUCUCAAUUCACAGUGUUCAAGCAUCCCAACUUCCAAGGACAGGUCGUUAAACGCAUCAAUGUUCCACUAUCAAGUAGAGCAGAACAACGUUUCGCUGAAAGUGUAGGCUAUCGCUCUCAGCUUAAGACUCUGGAGCUGGAAGUUCUAUCCCUGUGCAACCCAAUCCUGCGAGGGCAUUCGAAUAUCACUAGUCUCUUGGCGUGGGGGUUCGAUUACCCGUUUGCAGACCUGGCUGUUCCCUUACUAUUUGUGGAGGCUGCGUUGAUGUCUUUGACAGACUUUCUGAUCACCGAAGAGAGGGAUGUGGAGGUAAAGUAUCAACUUGCGCUAGGUAUAGCGAAUGGUCUUGAGGUCCUACACAACCUCAAGAUUGUACACGGCGAUGUGAAACCAGAAAACAUUCUCAUAUUCGCUAGCCAGAUUAAAAGUGUACCGUUUCAGGCCAAAUUAAGUGACUUUGGUGUUUGCCUCGACUUGGAGAAACCCGAAGAAAGUUUUACGCUCGGUGAUUAUCGGGGGACGCCAGCUUGGAUAGCGCCUGAAGUUGUUCGUGGUGGCAUUGACAGAUUUGGAGGCUUCUCACCCGAUCUUAUGUUUCGAUUUGAUGCAUAUAGCUUUGGAUUAGUGCUUUUGUCAACUUUCACUAGUAAUGGCCGGCCUCCGACUAACAGGUGUUCAGAGAGUAUCAUUGAGAUGUUCAACCGUCAAAAAAACAUGCCAUCUGAUGUUCGCAUUCAGUUGCGCAAGGCAACAUUAAGCCUUCUCACAGAGAAUCCUACAAAGCGACCACUCCCUAGUCCAACUUUACUUAAAGCUGACACACCGGCCUACAAAUCUUGGCUAGCUUCAAUUCAAUCAAAACCGACAAACAAUAAUGCGGGAUUGAUUGACCCAAUAUAUAAUAAAGGUCCACUUUUCUGGUACCGAUUUGACGCAAGUAUUCGCUCAGAACUUGAAGAGCAAUAUGCUCAAGGAGAAAACAGCGCUUCAUUUGACGGCGAUGUACUAUUUGGCAUUGCCCAAACAAUCACAGGCCAAAAACCGUCUUAUCUUGAUCGCAUGCUGAGAUAUCUCACUGAUGCAGCGAAGUCGGGAUAUACCCCUGCUAGGGCUGUUUAUGCACAAGUCAUGGAGGCACAUGGUCGAGCUCCUGAGAUUGAUCAGGAAACUCUGGAACAAUGGAUGCUCCAAUCCGUUUCCGAGGGAUACUUAUUUGCAAAACCUGGCCGGCUAGAGAAAAAAAUGGAGGAAUGUAUGGAUAAUUUUCGACGUGAUGGAGGAUUCUGCUCAGAUCCUUUCGUCACAAAAAUCAAUGUUAAGACGGCAAUAAAGACUGGAAAAGUCCUCGAGUGGACCAAAAAUAACGGUUUGAUUGUCGACCGCAAAGGUAAUACAACAUUGCAUGCCGCCGCUGCCUUUGGAGCUGUUGAUGCUGUACAUGAUUUACUUAACGCCAUCGAGAUCGAUGUGAACACAGAGAACGAUAAUGGUGAGACUCCGCUUUACAAGGCAUUCCAGGCAGGGCAUACAAAAACAAUUAUGCUUCUUCUUGACCAUGGCGCGACUUCAUUCCACAAAACCCGGCAAAAGAUGACACCUCUUCAUUGGCUAUUCAUGAUCCCAGAAUAUUCGACUCGUCAAAUCGCUCAGAGGAUGGUUGAUAUUGGAGCAGAGUUGAAUGCAGUAAUGGAACCUGCCGUCAUAGAGAAUAGUGGUGGAUUUCCAGUGAAGAUGCAAAUGCUUCAUUAUCCGUUCGAACUACCUCAUGGAACACCACUACAUUGGGCCUGCUUUUUCCGCAAUAUGGUUGCUAUCAAGGCCCUGAUUUCUCUCGGGGCCAAUGUUGAUGCAAUAUACUACGGCUCAGACGCAUCAUCAACACCACUUUCAUUAGCAGCAUACUUUGGAGAGCUUGAAAUUUCCAAAUAUCUGAUAUCUCACGGUGCAGAUGGUACACUGCUGGACUCUAUAGGUCGAAAUACUCUACACUCGAUCACGAAAUACUUUCCCGAGAGACAUGGUUAUCUUCCUCAUUGUUGGCACUAUUGGAUUCGUCAUGGAACUUGGGAUAAUCACUUGGUGCAAAUGGAAAACCUAGUCAAAGUAUUAAUCGAUGCUGGGGCAGACAUUAACGCAAAAGAUAAGAAUGACUAUUCAACUCCCAUUUUAGCAGCGGCCGAUCUUGGAGUGUGGGACGGGGGUCUGAUAUGUGCCUUGCUGGCAGCAGGGGCUGACCUCAAGGAAUCUUCCCUGUCCCGUGCAGGAGAUACAGUUUUACAUUUAUGGGUCUCAAUCGUUGGGCCUCGUUUAGAUUAUCCCGAAUCGUACCUUUCAACCCUCAGCAAGAUAGUUGAGACCAUGCCGAAUCUCGACAUUGCCAGGCGUUUCUUGGAGGACAGGCCAUUUCAUCUACUUGCCACCACGUAUCACCCCGAAGAAGAAUUUGAGGCGGCGUGUAGAAUUCUUUUUUGUCACGAUUUCCCGGCUGAUCUGAACGCAAAGAACCGUCGUGGCUUUACCCCGCUGUCUAUUGCUCUUGGUACCGAUUUGAAUCCUGCACGACGGGGCCGCUUUCUUCUAGAGAAGGGUGCUGAUCCAUUUGUGCUCAAUGACCAAGGACUAGAUAUUCUUUUUUUCAUCGCCAAUAAUGCCGUUCUCAAAGACAGAGAAUCCUACGACUUGAUUCAAUACUUUCUCCUGUAUCUUGGAACCGACAUGAAAAAGGUCUACGAGACUAAUUUUCUUCCCAACCCCAACAGCACAAACACUCUUUCCGCUGCCGCCGGUCGUGGAAAGCCACUGACUGUGGCUCUUCUUCUCACUCUCGGCCUCGUCAGCCGCAUCAAUGAUCCUGACCGCACCAAAUCUCCGCCAUGGACACCGCUUGACCAUGCUCUUCAUUAUGCAGAACUGAGUCGACGUGCACAUAUACGGGGACUGGCGUCUUACAGAUAUGGUGUCUCUCGGACAAAGGCACUUGAGAAUAACCUCGUCUAUGAUGAUCACCAAGGUCCUCCAGCACGUGCAGCUGAGGCAUAUAAAUCUUAUCCAGAGGUUAUCGAGAUCCUGUGCAAUGCAGGGGCUAAACGCACAUGUGAUCUGGAGAGAAAUAUAAAUGGUGACUAUAUUGAGCAGCCUGGGGCCUGGGAUAGGAAUGAGAUCCAAGGUUAUGGUUUUACACGAGAGUCACAGCCAAAUGUGGAGGAUUGGAAGGACCUGUAUAGGCUAGCUAAUUACAGUUUACUGAGCUUGGAUGGAUGGAGCUGGCUAAUAGGUGGUAAAUAA